UGAUGCUUGGCUUCGCCUCCUACUAUGGCCACCACAUGGUGUUGCAGAAGGAGCCGACGGGGGCCGUGGUGUGGGGUUAUGGGGAGCCGGGGGCCACCGUGACCGUGGUUCUCUCUGGUGACGGUGGCCUCAUCGUCAUGAAGAAGAUGGCACGAGUUAAAGGACCUUCUGGGACGUGGACAACUGUCCUGGACCCUAUGGAUCAGGGCGGUCCCUACACGCUGACGGCCGGCCAGGGCUCGGAGAACGUGACGCUACGAGACGUCUACUUUGGGGACGUCUGGCUUUGCAGCGGGCAGAGCAACAUGGUGAUGACGGUCUUGCAGAUCGUCAAUGCCAGCCGGGAGCUCGCUGAUGCCACUCACUAUCCCUACGUCCGCAUCUUCGCUGCGGCGCCCACCCGCUCGGACGUGGAGCUGGAGGACCUGGAGGGCAUUGAGCUUCCAUGGUCCAUCCCGACAGCCGAAAACCUGGGCCAUGGGAAUUUCACCCACUUCUCGGCUGUCUGCUGGCUCUUGGGGCGUUACCUCUACGAGGCUCUGGGGUACCCCAUUGGGCUGGUGGAGGCAGCUUGGGGGGGCACUCCCAUCGAAGCCUGGUCCUCCCAAAGGGCUCUGCAGGCCUGUGGGCUCCUGGAGGACACAGGGAGCACCUCCCAGCACCCAGACUUCUCUGGCCCUCAAACCCCCUCUGUGCUCUGGAACGCCAUGAUCCACCCGCUGCUCAACAUGACUCUGCGGGGUGUUGCUUGGUACCAGGGCGAGGCCAAUACCCUCCUGCACACAGACCUCUACAACUGCACCUUCCCCGCGCUCGUGGCCGACUGGCGCCGGGCUUUCCACGCCGCAUCGGCCGGGCAGACACAGCCACUCCUCCCCUUCGGCUUCGUGCAGUUGUCCACCUACCGCCGGCAGAGCCCGGACGACAGCUUCGCCCGUCUCCGCUGGCACCAAACAGCCGAUCUGGGGGUUGUCCCCAAUGCCAGGCUGCCUGGCACCUUCAUGGCCGUGGCGAUGGACCUCUGUGAUGAGCACUCACCCUACGGCAGUGUCCACCCCCGGGACAAGCAGAACGUGGCCCACCGGCUGCAGCUGGGUGCCAGGGCUGUGGCAUACGGGGAGAAGGAUGUGGUUUUCCAGGGGCCAUACCCAACCCGGGCCAUCCUGGAGGUGACCAAGGGCCUGCUGAACCUCACUUACAGCCAGGAGCUCGUUUGCCGUCAGAGGGACACGCGGGCGUUUGAGGUCUACUGCUCCACGCCGUGCAGGUGGCUGCCAGCACCCGUGGUGGCAGUGGGGUCCCGCACAGUGACGCUGGCCCUGGCUGGCUGCGGGAGGCUGGUGCUCGCCCUGCGCUACGCCUGGGCCGAGUGGCCCUGCGACUACCAGUCCUGCGCCCUCUAUAACACCCAGGGGCUGCCUGCACCCCCCUUCAUCCUGGAUGCCUUGCCUGUGGGGGGAACCCCGGGGCACCCCGAGUCCCCUGCAGAGAGGGAGCUGCUUCUGCUCCCUGGCUCCAGCUUCUCUUAGGCGAGGGGAUGGCAGAGGGAGCUCAGACCUUUCGCGAAGCGGUUCCAGGGCUGCUGGCAUCCUGCCUUUCCGAUUUGGGGAGGCAGCUGGCUUGAUUACUGUCUUACUAAUUAAACACUUCCCUGCUCCUCUUUGGCCUGAAGUCAAGGCUGCAGGGGGGGAAAAAAAUAAUUAUAAAGCAAGCCAAUUUAAAAUUAAAUUUAUGAAAAAUUAUGUUAAGACAAGCAGGAGGACACAGGGAUGGGAGUUUAACUGCUGCUCCCCCAUGCCUGCAGAGCUGGUCAACCCCCCACCCCGAACCCAUCGGGGCACCCUGACCCCCAUGACAAGGUGCUGGCAGGAUCCAGGGGCCCCACUCUGUGGGAUGGGGAUGGGGAGAGAGAACCCCUGCCAAACAAAACCCCACAACCAAAUGCUAAGGCUGGGGCUGGGACAUGGAGCUGCAGAGGGCGCGUUGCUUUGUGGCCUUCCACCUCCCUGCACUAAUAAAUAGGUGAUAAACCAG